GCCCCAAACUCGACUCAACUGUAGUAACUUACCUCAGAGAGGUGAAGCCAGCAUAUCCACCCUCUGGCCUCCUGCUCUGACCCCCCUGGCCUUCCCCACUAGUUGAUCAUCUGCCCCUCAGGGCCUUCACCUCACUCUGGACCGACCUGGAGACUCUACUCACUCCUGGCUGCUCAGGGAGGUCCAGGUGCCUUCAGGACCUGGACAGGGGCCUAGGGUUCUGCACUACUUUGCAAAUGGCCUGCCCUUCCUGACAGCUGGGUCUGCUCCCUACAUCUAUGUGCUGGACCUUGUGAGACUGCCACUUGCCUUGCCAAGUUCCAGGGGUCAGGGACUUCCUGCCAGAGGAUGUGGCUGUGACAGCUGCUGGGCUCAUGGUGGUCAGUGACCUUGUCCACAGGGCUGUCCAUGUGCUCAUGGACAUAUUUCCCAAACCCCCAAGGCCACUGGGUGACAGUGGACACCUCCUGGCCCCGCAGGGGCUGGCUGUGGAUGCCACUAGCUGCUUCCUGGUAACAGACUAUAGGCCUGGGGCUGUACACAGCUUCACAUCAGUCCCCACCUUGGAGCUGCUGGCCUCAGCCUCCAUGCUGCGUCUGGAGGGCCCCUGCUGGGUGGGCCUGGGGCCAGAUGGGGGCUUUGCUGUGAGUGAGGAGUUCGGGGUUGUUCGGAAGUUUCUGCCACCCCUGGGCUUCCCGGGGGGCCUGCCAGGGCCUGCCUUUGGCAGCCCAGCCUGUGUGUGCACUGACUCAGAGGGUAAUGUCAUUGUGACAGACAAGCAGCAGUGCCAACUGCCCCUGCUUCCCUGGGCUGCGGCACCUACCUGCUUGGUGUUAAAGGGGCUGGGGCGGCCCUUGGGCAUGGCCUGUGCGCCCCAGGGCCAGCUCAUGGUGGCGGAUGCAAGAGGCAGCUACAUCAAGAGGUACCGGUGAGGCAGGAUAGUAAGAAGCUAGGAAAAUUCCUUGGCAAGUGGAAUAGGGAAACCAAGACAGACAGCUGAACACACUGGCUGAUCAACUCACAGACAGGUGCAGAUGGUCACGAGGGGAACCCAAGUGUCUGGCAGGGGGCAAACUGGGAAAAUGAGGACCUUGCCCCCAGAAUAACCUCUUCUUUCCUGGUCUUUCCUCCCUGGAGACAACAUCCAGGCCUCAGUUGUGUUUCAGCUCCAGGCCCAGAAAAGCAGCAAAACCAGGUGGGUGAUGCCAGGACCAACUGCAGUGACUAGAGAGCCCCUGCCCUGUCACUGACCAAUCAGUGGAGAGCAUGACCCUGCAAGGGUGCACCUGGAGAACUGAUGAUUAUUCUUCUGAAACCCCCUGAGACCUUCCCUAAGAUUCCUGCCUAUAAGAGAGAGAAAAAAGCCUCAAGAGGAAGGACCCAGCUGGAACCGCUCUCCCUCUGGGGAGCAGCCCACACCAUUCCC